AUGGCGGAUAAACUGGACCGCAGCCUCGACGAGAUCCUCGGUGAAAAGAAGACCGACGGUCCUCGCAGCCGUCGUGGGGGCGGCGGCGGCGGAGGUGGAGGUGGAAGUGCUCCUCGCAGACGCGAACGUGAGCGUCAAGAAAACCCCCGUGACAGCGUCAGAAAGUCCUUCCGCGAUGAACCCAGAAAUCUUGACAGCUUACCCUUGGUUAGCGAAUGGGUACACGAUCGUUUCGAAGAGCAUGAUACUCGCCGUGGCCCGGCCCCACGACGACGACGCGACGAGCCGGAACAAAGUGCGAAAAUCCGCGUUGAGAACAUUCACUACGAAUUGACCCCAGAGGAUUUGGAGGAGCUUUUCAACAGAAUUGGACCCGUCGCCAAGCUUGACCUCAAGUAUGACCGUGCCGGCCGCUCCGAGGGCAUUGCCUUUGUUACGAUGGAGUCCCGCGAGGAUGCUUUGGAGGCGGUCAAGGAGUUUGACGGCGCCAACGCCAACGGCCAACCUAUCAGGCUGUCAAUCAUGCCCGGCGGACCCGGCCCUCGAUCUCGUAACCCCUUCGACUCGGCCGUGAUGCCGGGUCGCCCGCUUGCUGAACGUAUAUCUGUCCCUGGUGGUCGCUCAAGAUCAAUGUCGCCUGGGCGCAAGUACGACGUCGAUGAAGCUGCCAGCAGGGGCAUCGAUAGAUACGUCCCUGGAAACCGCUCCGGCAACCGCUCGCGAAGCCCCAUUCCCCGACGACGUGGCGCCGGCGGCGGCGGUCGCAGGCCUGGCGGUCGCAGGGAAGGAGGAGGCAGAGACGGCGGCAGAGAUGGAGGAAGAGAUGGUGGAAGAGAUCAAGAGGGUGAAAGAGGCGGCCGCUCGGGUAGAGAGGGUCGCACCCGGAAGACCCAAGAAGAAUUGGAUGCCGAGAUGGCUGACUACUUUGGCGGAGGAAACGCCGGAGAGACUGCGCCCCAGCCGAACGGUGGCGCCACUGCUGCCGCCGCCACCCCCGCGGUACCCGCCACGGACGAUAUCGACAUGAUCGAGUAA